AUGGCGUCCUUUUUUCAUAAAGCUAAUCUCUCUGACCCCUGCUACAACUACACUGUACUGGACGAUCCAUGGAGAGCCAUAAACAAUACACAUGCUUCAGUCAUAAUGUGUGACAGGUCUGUCACCUGGAGCGGCUGGUAUCGUCUCUUCAUUAACGGUCUGAGCGCUCAGAUCCCAGACACAUGUGUUGCACGGAGUAGCUGUGGCACUACUGUUCCACUGUGGAUUCGUGGUGGACACCCAACAGUACAGGAUGGAGUCGUCAAUCGAGAUGUCUGCGGUCACUUUGACAAUUACUGCUGCCAUAUCGGGUCAUUUCCCAUUAAAGUCAAAGCCUGUCCAAGCAAUUAUUAUGUCUAUAAGUUGGUUAGUCCAACUAACUGCAAUUUUGCAUACUGUGCAGAUGUUAGCAGCUUUAACAGCAGCUCUACAGCCGUCACACCAGCGACCAUCUCAACUGCUUAUCCCUCUGUUGACCCCUGCUACAACUACACUGUGCUGGACGAACCAUGGAGAGCCAACAGCAGUCAACAGCAGUCAACACACAACUACAAGUGUGACCAGUCUGUCACCUGGAGAGGCUGGUAUCGUCUCUUCAUUAACAACAUGAGCACUCAGAUCCCAGACACAUGUGUUGAAAUCUAUAGCUGUGGCACCAAUAUCCCACUGUGGAUUCAUGGUGGACACCCAGCAGUUACAGAUGGAGUCGUCACUCGAGAUGUCUGCGGUCACUGGAGAAAUUACUGCUGCUAUUACGGGUCUUUCCCCAUUAAAGUCAAAGCCUGUCCAGGCAAUUAUUAUGUCUAUGAACUGUUUAGUCCAACUAAAUGCUCUGCAUACUGUGCAGCUGUUACAAACAUCAGCAGCACUCAUACAACAGUUACACCAGAGACGAGCUCAGCUGUUAUAAAUAUAACGCUGCCGGAAGGAUGCACUACUUCUCUAGAUUGUCUUCAAAAUCUUCUUGAGCUGAUUGAGAACAUUACAGCUCAAGAGCUUCCUGUGAAUACUGUGAUGAGAAUUUUGAAAGUGGUCCUCAAUGCUAUGGAGAAGAUUCUAGAGUCAUCAUCAUCAUCAGCAAGCCCAGCUGAACUAGCCUCCUUUGGAAACCGUGUGUUAAAAGCCAGUGAGAAACUCAUCUCUACAUUAGUGAAGCCAACAGACACAAAUGACAGUGUCAGCUUUACUCUUGCUGCUGUAGAGGUAGAAGUCUUCAUGGUUGGACCAAAUGUCACCUUAGAUAAAAUACCUCGACUUGAAACAACAAAUUCCUCUGUGGACAUCGAUCUCAUUGGAAUUGCCAAGAACAACAAUGAAACAAGUAUUUUUUUCAUUGUUGUACUUCACAUUUCAAUCAGUCUUCUGCUGGCUCACCUUCUGUUCCUGCUCACGCAGCGGUUCCUGAGCUUCAUACGGCCUCAGCAGGUGUUGUGUGCCGUGAUCUCUGGCCUUCUGCACUUCCUCUUUCUCUCUGGCUUUGUGUGGAUGCUCAUUGAAGCUGUACUGCUCUUCAUCUGUGUGAAGAACCUAUCACAGAUCAGCUCCAAAAAGAGGAAGGUGCUUAGCAGUGGAUUCGUGUGUGUGAUUGGAUAUGUGGUUGCUCUGGUUUUGGUGGCCAUGUCUGUCGGUCUGGUUCCUGACGGCUACGGCAGCAAACACUGCUGGAUUAAGAUGGAUAAAGGCUUCAUCUGGAGUUUUCUGGGACCUGUUUGCAUCAUACUAGCAUUAAACAUGAUUCUCUUUAUCUGCAUCAUCAUCAGUCUGAACUCAUCUCUCACAAAACUGAACGCUGAUGUUUCACAGUUGAAAAAAAACAAGAUUAUGGUGUUUAAAACACUGGCUCAGUUUGUGGUUCUUGGUUGCUCCUGGAUUCUGGGUUUCUUCACUAAUGGCAGUACGGUGCUGGAGAUCCUCUUCCUGAUCUUGAACUCCCAGCAGGGAACCUUCAUCUUCCUGAUCUACGGUGUCCUCAAUAAUGAG